AUGGAUUUCACUAAAGAUGACACCAAUGACACCUCACUCCACGGAGGUGGAGAGCAAUUGGAUUCUGCCAACAACCACGACGACGAAUCCAAAACUGCUGUCGACACCGCCGCCGACCCCAUCGACGCCGAUGCUGCUCCAAACACUACUAGCGCAGAACCAGCCGAGGACUCUACCACCCAGCGCAGUGCAUCAACCCCCAACAAGGAGCGUCAUUCCCUAACUCUAGAUCAGCGUCGAUCGCUUCGUCGCUGGGCCAACAGUCAGGUUCUACGCCCAUCGCACAAGGCCUGUAUCGACUGGUUCGAAUCACAGUACGGCCUCGUCAUAUCUCAAUCGACCGUUUCGCACUCGCUCUCUCCCAAAUACACCCGCCUCGAUGGCGACUCCCAGCUUUCAGGCUCGCGCCUGCGAUUCGGCAAUUGGCCCGAUGUUGAAAAGUUGGUCCUCGUCUGGCAUGCAGACAUGGUGAAUCGAGGUCGCCAGCCGAGUAACGAGGAGCUUGUGCAAAAGGCCACCCAGAUCUUCGAGUCCCUUCCCAGAUACAAGGGCGAGAAGCCUCCCAAUUUCUCCCCUGGAUGGGUCCAUCGGUUCAAGAAACGGUAUGGCUUGCUGAUGCGCCGCCGUUCUCGCUUUACCGCGCCUCAUGGCCAGGAUGGCAGCAACCCUGAUGGAACUCCCUUGGAUUUACCAUAUCUCAUCGACCUGAUCCCUCGCAUAAUGAGCUUGACGUCAAACACACCACCCGGUGUCAUUCAGGAAACUAUCCAGCGUGUCGUCAGUUUAGAUGUCAGUCUUGACAAUUGCACUCUCAUUCGUGACACUGCCCUCCGAGGAGCUACCUCCGUUGAACAGCAAUCACACAUGGAUAUUGCUGCGGCGGCCGCUGCAGUUGCUGCCGCCACCACCUCGGAUACGCACGAUCGGCCGUCCAUGUCUGGUGGAAGUGUGGAGGGAGAGGAGGAUGACCCCGAGCUUGCACUGCAGAAGGCCCUCCGGCAAAUCCAGCAGCAGGAAGAGGUUUCCGUGGUGCAAGGAAACAGUGGUGAGGCACAGAUUGACACAUGCUUGAUGCCUGCCCGAAAUGGUGUUGGCACCCUGGUGACUAGUGGGUUUGAGUCUCAACAACAACAACAACAACACCCACACCAUCAGCAAGUUCAACAGUCACCGCAGCAGCCACAACAAAUAUCUCAGCAGCAAAAUGGAGCGGCCUUGCUUAGGGCGGAGGACGACCUCAAGCUAACUCCCAUACCGAGUGCCAGCGCGCCGCAGUUGUCGGGCCCGGAACGCCCCGUGCGGUGCCCAUUCUGCGUGAACACGAGGAUGUUGAGAAGCAUAAAGGAGGCUGUUGAGCAUCUUUCCACGCAUGUGGUUGUUUAA